UGGCCCAACUGGUUUUCGAUUUAACUGGUUCCCGCACCUAGCAGCAGCAGAUGUUAUCCGCUUCAGUCAGCAGAUUCGUCACUCCUUCAGUGAGUAUGAUUGAUCAGUUCGUGUAUUUCCUGAGAGGAGCCGAAGGUAACCAGCUGAUUCAGGUGAACCCAAAUCAACGUGGUCCCCGGAGGAUGACAUCAUCUAUCAAUAUGUGACGGACACCUGCACCUCUUUUGUCGUGGCUCACGGUGAUUAUCGAGGACUUUCAGUGUUGAGUCUUUUGCUGUGGUGCGGGAACAAGUCAAAUAGGAAACCAGUUGGGCCAUAACACCGGGAAGACGUGCCGUGAGCGAAGCUGCAACCGUGGACCAGACAUGUCCACGGGUCACCCGACGCCCGUUUACUCCCACGCCGGACGAGGACGCUUCCAGGAUGUGUACGAGCCCGCGGAGGACUCCUUCCUCCUGAUGGACGCGCUGGAGAAAGACGCGCAGCGGCUGCAGCUGAUGAGCCCUUGUGUGUGCCUGGAGGUCGGCAGUGGCUCUGGAGCGGUCUCCGCGUUUCUGGCCUCAGUGGUUGGAUCUCCGGCUUUGCACAUUUGCACCGAUGUGAAUCCUGCAGCAGCUCAGUGCACAGAGAUGACAGCGUCCUGCAAUAAUGUUCUACUACAGCCGGUUAUCACAGACCUGGUGGACUGCCUUCUGCCCCGGCUGAGUGGAAAAGUGGAUGUGCUCCUGUUUAACCCUCCCUACGUGGUGACGCCAUCAGAAGAGGUCGGCAGCAGAGGCAUAGAAGCAGCCUGGGCUGGCGGGAAGCGAGGGCGAGAAGUGACGGACAGAUUUCUGCCCUUGGUGUCCCAGUUGCUGUCCAGUAACGGGUUGUUUUACCUCAUUACCAUUGCUGAGAAUGAUCCAGAGGAAAUCAUCAAAUUCCUGGGAAACUGUGACUUGAAGGGAGAGCAGUGCUUGUCGGCAAGAGCUGGAAAUGAGAGACUGUCCGUCCUGCGCUUCCACAGGAGCCAGCUAUGAUCUGCCAAAAGAAGUUUGCGCUGGACGGGAUUACAACAAGAAUUUUGCACUGAUAAAAUGGGGACCGGACAUAUUUUGGGGAUAUUCAAUCCACCUAAUGGAAUUUACAAGGACAAGUUUUCCAGUUUUCCGACUGUAUGAGAGGUUGUGUCUGAUGUACACAUUCUGACUUUGCAAAACCGAAAGACAUUUUUAAUCAUGAAUGACAAGUUUGAGUUAUACAGACAAUUCAAGAAUUCAUUACAUGCCUCUUUUAUUAAGUUAAGUUAAUUCCAGUGCAGACACAAUUAUAAAUGUAACAUUUCUUGAAAAGGUAAAAUUUGAAUUUUAUUUCAUUUUGAGUAUGAUGUUUCUUUCUAAUAGAAGUUGAAAUGCUACUCUUAUCUAUGUACGUUUAUAAACUUAUAGCAUCCCGUGAAGAAUAACAGCUCAAACGGUCUGAACAGCAAAAAGUUAAUACUGAGACCUGAAGCAGUACAUUUGUUUUCUAUUCAUCUGUCUUUUUAUAUAAAAUAAAAGGGGUUUUAAGUAA